UCAUUUUCUGCAAGGACAGUCUCUUGAUUAAUAAUAUACAUGCUUAUUUAAUUGAAUAUCUCUGUGUUUUUACUUUUUAGUAGGGGUUAAUGUAGGUUGGUUUGAAUCGGUUCAAGAUUAAAACAAAGUUCGGACCAAUCAAAAGCGUUUGGAUUGAAUUAAAUUUGAUAUAAUAAAUUUGAAAUAUUAAAUUUAAAAUAUAAAAAAAUGAAAAAAUAUUUCUAAAAGCAGCAUAAAUUAAUGCCACAUGAAAUAAAGUGAAUCAAACAACAAGUUAUUUGAGCUAAUUGAUAAGCAAGUUACUAAUUUCUCCUAACAAAAUUGUUAGAUACCUUACAUUAAUACCAACAAAACACUACCAGUUAAAUAUGCUCGAGUUCAUGGUUUGGUACCGGGGUCCAACUUGAACUUAUCAAAAUUUCCUUAAUUUUUAGAUUCGAGUAGCACAGGUUAAUCAAAUCAACAUGUCUGUGUGCAUCUCUAGUUUUUAGAAACAAUUGUUGUUGUUCGGUCUUGGACUGGGCGAGCCCCCUUAUCAUAAUAGGGGGCCCACUCAUGGAGUUUAUAUGCAGACCAGGAGACUUGCUUAAAGACACGCUUACCUCUUAUGUUGAGAGCACGGUGUCUUGUGAGCUGGGCGAGACCCCUCGUCAUAAUAGGGGACCCGCUCAAGAAGCAACUUGAUCCAUAAAAACGCUACAAGGAGCAAAGGCGAAGCGUAACUGAUGAUCAUUCUUGGGCUAGUGAUUCCAUUACUAGGUGAUUGACUCCACUGCUUGGCGUGUGACCCUAUCACCUAGCGAGCGAGUCCCUAUCGGGUGAAUCAUCUCACAUAUGGUGAUAUUUGGCUAGAAUUGCAUUGUGGUGGGUAUUGAUGGUUUUUCCAUUAGAAAGGGUUUUGCUGUCUGUGUAUUCUAGAUAUGGAGUUCCACUAUCAGUGUAUAAGGAAUUUUGAGAAGGACUUUGGUGAUGUAUAGAUAUGGGGUCAAAAGAUGUGGAUAGUAAAGCAUACAAAUAUACUCUGGGUUUGGUGUAUAUAUUUGCUGUUGCAACAAUAUGGAUAGCUGCUAGCUUUGUGGUGCAGUCUGUUGUAGAUUCCGGUGUGUCACCGUUCCUUGUUACGUACAUCUGCAAUUCAUUGUUUGUGGUGUUGAUUCCAGUCGUUGAAAUUGGGAGGUAUUUGGAGGAUUCUUAUGGGGGUUUAUGGUUUUGGAGGAGUAAGAAGGGUAACUCACAUAUGGAAGGGGAGUCAGAGCAGACUAUCCUUCUUGAUGAUAAUGUUGCAGGCAAUGAAGUUAGUGAAUCCUUGGUCCUCGAACGGAAUGAUAGUUUUAAAUUGCCGCCAUCUGACAUAGUAGUAGGGGCAUUGGUUGAUGAUCAAAUUGAUGUGGUUGCAAAUGUUGAUAAUCAGCUGGAUGAGAAAGGGCGUUGGACCCGGUCCAGAUUGGCCAAAGUUAGUCUAUUGAUAUGCCCCUUUUGGUUUUUGGCUCAGCUCACUUUUAACCUCUCAUUGAAGUAUACAACAGUCACAUCAAAUACAAUCUUAAGCAGUACAUCAAGUCUUUUUACCUUCUUGGUCUCCCUGGCAUUCUUGGGGGAGAGGUUUACUUGGUUAAAGCUCUUUAGUGUUCUUCUUUGCAUGGGGGGAACAAUAAUUGUAAGUCUUGGUGAUUCACAAUCUGGUUUAAGAACAAUUGCAUCAAAUCCUCGUCUUGGAGACAUUUUCGCUCUUCUUUCAGCUGGAUUGUAUGCAGCUUAUAUAACCCUUAUUCGUAAGAAAUUAAGUAAUGAGGAUGGAAAGAGUGGUGAAGCUAGUAUGGCUCAGUUUCUUGGAUUUCUGGGGCUUUUCAAUGUUUUAAUUUUCCUUCCAGUUGCCCUCAUACUCAAUUUCAGCAAAAUUGAACCUUUUUUCACACUUACCUGGAAGCAACUUGGUCUUAUUAUUGGUAAAGGAUUGCUGGAUAAUGUGCUGAGUGACUACUUGUGGGCUAAGGCUGUUCUUCUUACAUCAUCCACAGUCGCUUCAGCGGGGCUUACAAUUCAGGUUCCAUUGGCUGCCAUUGUGGAUACUGUGACUGGCAAUGCUCCUCCCUUUAUGGAUUAUCUUGGAGCCAUAGCUGUCAUGAUCGGCUUCGCCGGAAUUAACAUUCCUUCUGAUACUUUUAGCAAAUCAAGAGAAUCUAAUUCUGUGGAGCUGAUGAAAAUUCAGAAUGUGAGUAGAACGAUCGAAGAGAAUGCUUUUCCAAGAAGCGAAGAUUCAGCUGCCAUACCAUAGUUUUGUACAUUCCAUUUAUUUUAGGUGUUUGUUAAAGGGUAAUUUUUUGAUCACUUCACCCAGUUAGCUGCAAUAAGCAAAAUGUGCCGAUGCUACCAUGCCAGACACGAAAAUAGAAGAACAAGAACAUG